AUGUCUCCUAAAACGUCAGGCUCUACUCAUGCCAUCCUCACCGACCGAAGCUCCGAACCGGACCGGGAAUGCGAUGGCGGAGAGGCCUCUGACUACUUUUAUAUCGAUAAAUUCACCGAGGAUCGCCCCCCGCACCUCAACGACGAAAAUUUCCCUUGUACACGACCUAACGGCCCUGCCACUCAACCUAGGCGGUGCCUCCCAAUUAAAAAUAUGAAUCGUAUCAACAACGACAUUGAGCACGUGAUGACUGGUAGCGACGCGAACUACACCUUCAUGCAAUACACACCAUCAUGUUCUAACACGAACACCACCUUAAAGCAUGGUGACCCUUUCGUGUCUCGGCCCAACUUGGGUUAUUACAUCAACCACAACUAUGUCGGUGAUGAUAGUGCCCAGCCCUUGACCACGGCAGCCAUCGCCGCGCUUGACUACACCAACCACGCCCAGUCAUUUGACGGUAAUGUCUAUGGCUGGCUUCCCCGAGUCGGACGUGCUGAGCAGGUCGACCCAGUUGACUACUGGAGCACCACCCAUUUGAUGACCAAAGCUCCUAAGAGCCGCACCUCGAUGGCGACUAGCAUGUCGUGGUGCGUUGUCCCCUCGGCGCAUGAGCACUAUGAUGCCGAGAUGCUUCGCGACGUCGGACGCUGGUCCGAUAUCCCUACCGACCCUGUUACCGCUAAGGCGAGGAGCAUUCGAGACGAAGAUGUGUCUGAAGCCUAA